AUGUGCAUGUCAGGCAUGUCGAGACUGUGGACUUUCGUGAUUUUCCUUGGCCUUUGCCAAGCCGACCGGGCCAAUGAGACGGACACCGCCUGUCUCUUGGCGCACCGGAAAAUCGGCGCCGCUGCCGUGGCCACGGAAGUCGCCGUCACUCCACCCCCGUUGUCAGCCUCGUGCAUGGCGACACAGCUGCCAGGUCAAGUGAGAUUGGCGCCACUGAGCUCCGGAAAGGAUGCGGUGGACCGGUGGGCCGAGUCGUGGGCCGAGCAGGCAUCUUUAAGUCUCCUGAAGCAAAUGGGAGCGAUUGUCAUCAAGCACAUGUUUGCGGAGGUCUUAGGAGAAGUGUUGGCCGGCGUCUUCAAGGCACUUUUCCCACCGAGAUUCUCGAAGGAAAAGGCCAUGAUGAGGGCGAUGAUGGAAUGGACACAGGAAUAUGUCAAGGUUGAGAUUGAACAGCUCAUCAAAGACACCAUUGCGGGUAGUAUGUGCACAUUGGAGAGGCAGACCAAAGAUCUCAUGGAGGCCAUCGACACUUUGAAGAUCAAGAUCAAAGAAGCGGAAGAGGAAGCAUCGCGCGGCUGGAGACAAAAGGAUCCUGUAUUUCCAGCCAAAGACUUUUCCGAGUGCAUCGUCAGACACACCGCAGCCAAGGGCACGGCUUGGUCUAUUGUGGAUUACAUCACAAACAGCCAUCAUAGAGCAGUGCUGGUGCCUGAGUUUGUGGCCAUCAGUUGGGCAAUCAUGAGCCUAUGGCAUGAUCUCUACAAUUUGAGGAGGGUGGAAGAGAACCCUUGGAAGAGCAAAGAGCUGGCAAUCAUAGAGGUGAAUAGCAGCUUGCUUGGUGGUUCACUCGGUUCCCAGAAGACGCUCAAACAAAUGAAGAAGGAGUUCCAAAAUUUACAAAAAGCCGCGAAGGAUAUGAUGGAGAGCUGGAAGAAGUGGCGAGGAGGCUACUUGAAAGUGGAGGAAUCGUAUGAGACAAGUGGAGAAUGGCCGCUUACCUACCGCCAAGUUACAAGGACAUUGAAGGACGAGUUCACAGGCUUUGAACGUAGAUAUAAAACAGAACAGACGACAAAUGAUGGAUGGCCAAAGGACCUCCUGAGCGAAGACUGGACUGAACGUUUUCUGAAUUUCCGCAUGGACGAAGUGUUCAUUCGAGAGUUUGUUCCAAUGAUCCACAGUUUUCCUUACAUGGCUAAGUUAAUUCCAGGCCAGGAGAACAAAAGGCUGAACAGCGACCCUCUUCCUGAAUUCAUUCAGGGACCAGGGGUGUCUGCUUGGCUAGCGGGUACUGGCAUGGAAAUGAAAUUUCACACCAUGGUGUCAUGGAGUCUCGCCGACACACCUGUGGAGAAUCGUGGCAACGUGCACGAAAUGGCAUGGCGGAAAGGAGAGUACAUCGAUCAGUUGACCUUCAUAGCACAGAAAGGCACCUUCGAACUUCCCAAAAGUGACCAUGGAGGUGGUGGAGGAGGAGAACAACCAGCUGUAGACCCCCCUGAGAACCCCUGCGGACUUGACAUUGGCUAUGCCGGUGAUUGGAUGACUCGCUUCACUGUGUUGAAUGCAAAAGGUUCGAAGAUGGAGUUCAAGGGAGAUGGUUCAGAGGAAGCAUUCUUUGCCACCGGGGCAGGCUUGUGUGGUCUUUACAAGUUUGAUCGACCGUAUAAAAGAUCAGGGAACUUUGGAAGAUCCGGAGACACUCUCCAAUUCCGCUUUCAGUUCGAUCCUGACCCCGAGUUGAAAAAACAUGAGUGA